AUGGACAAUGGCGACGGCUCAUCUCCGGCCGACGGCGCCGGGCUUCUCCCGCUCUUCGCCCGCUCUGUGCAGGCCGAGGGUCUCGAGGAGAAGCUGAGGCGGGUGCAGGAUGAGAACCGGCGGCUCGCCGGCACGCUCGGCGCCUUGCUCGCCGAUCACCCCCACCUACGUACUCUCGCCAAGUCGCCGGCGACAGCCAUUGCCGCGACGACGCCGAGCAGCUCCGCGGCCAAUGCAGCGAGAGAGGAGGCCGUCGGCGUGAAGGUGGAGGUUCGGUCGAAGAUCAGGACCGUCUCCUCGCGGGCUGAGCCGUCUGACUCCGACGCCAACCUCAUCGUGGACGACGGGUACCAGUGGAGGAAGUACGGGCAGAAGGUGACGCGCGACAACCCGUACCCCAGAGGCUACUUUCGAUGCGCAUUUGCUCCAUCUUGCCCGGUCAAGAAGAAGGUGCAGAGAAAUGCCGAGGACACGUCAAUGCUGGUUGCGACCUACGAGGGAGAGCACAACCAUGCUCAAUCCUUGGCUGGAGAAUCCAGAGGCAAUGAGUCCGUUGGCAAGGUUGGGUCCCUACCAUGCUCGAUCUUCCUCAACUCGUCGGGGCAGACGAUCACGCUUGAUCCGGUAAAUCAAGGGUCGUGGUCGACCGUGCAGCCUGUCUCGAGGAAGGUUUUAAUGCCAAAUUUUCAGAAGCUCCUAGUGGAUGAGAUGGUGAAUUCACUUAAGAAUGACACGGAGUUCAUGCAUGCUCUGAUUAAUGCAGUGGCUAAGAAAAUGGUCGAGAAUAUUCCAAACUAUUUUAGUUAA